UUUACAGAUGGAAAAACAGAGGCUCAGAAAGUUAGAAUAACUGAUGCACACUCACGGUGAAUGCUGCAGCUGAGAUUCAAAUACAAGCUGGCCCCAAAGCUCCUUUAUUCCCACCAGCCCAGAGGAAAUUACAGGCAACAUUGAGAUAGGAAUAAAAGCCUGUGAGAUUCUGGGAUGGCCAUGACGUGGGGAGGAAGAUGCAGGUCACAGGAAGCCUUCAGGAUCUGAGAAGGGGAAGGUGGAAUAACUGAUUGAGGGGACUUGCUGGAUGGCCUGCCCCUUUUCUGAUGUGAUUCAUUUCCUGCUGCACUAUGUCCUCACUGCCCUCACGAAAGGAACAGGUGUCCUGGUCCCUACAGUGGGAAGAGAAGGAAUGGCGAGGUCAGGUGAUAUGCCUGUGGAUGUUUGAUGAAUCACCUCCCAGGACGAGAAUUUCAGACCUCUGAUUCUGUUAUCACAGCACCAGGUCAGGGCUGACUCUCCUUCCCCAACUCCCAGACUGCCCAGCUCUGAACCUGCUGACCUCCUCCUAAGGAAGGAAUCUGCUGUUUGCUCCUGGAUGUUAUGCAUUCCCAGAGGUGUCUUUUUCAUCUUGCCAGGGGCUUGUUAUUGUUUACCUGGAAUUACCUUCUCUGUGGAGAAUCGUUUAGGGACACACCCAGAGUGACACAUCACUGAGGCAAACGGCAACUGAGCUGACUUCCUCAUUGCGAAAUCUCCUGUCCAUCCGUCUCUCUGCCUGUGUCUGGGGCUCAUUUAUCAGAGAAUGAGAAAGUGUGUGUGUGUGUGUGUGUGUGUGUGUGUGUGUGUGUGUGUGUGUGUGUGUCUGUUCCUGUAAUCUUUCGCAGACUUCUUCCUUCUAUCCUGCUCAGCCAGGGACCUCCUCUGCCAGAAGGCAAGAUGCUGGAAUAGACUGGAGGAGUAGCCAAACGAAACAGAUCUCACGAAUGGGGGGAAACUGCCAAAAGAUUUUUUAAAGUACCAGGAGUACCCCCUUAGAAGGAAAAGCCGAUCAAAGAGGGGGACCCAUCCAUGGAAAUGCAAUGUGCCUGUCAGCAGUAGGAACCAGGUGUUUGAAAGAAGCCCCAGGCACGUGCAGGCAUCUCCUGGUGUGUUAAUCAGUGAGAAAACUCUGUAUAUAAUUGAAGGGGAUGAGAGUAUUGGUCAGAAUGCACAGAAAUGUUGGUCUGGAACUUCCUUCUAAUAGUAAGAUGGGUUAGAACCUAACCCUUAGGAAGAGUCGUCCUAGAUGGCUCUGGCAUCAAGCCGUGCCUUUUCUCAGCUUGACACAGUGGGAGAGCAAAGUUAUGUGGUGACUGCCUAUUAACUGCAGGGAGAAAGCCAAACUGGAAUAAUUGGAGAGAACUUAUUGUACGAACAUCUGGAAAGCAAUUUAUUGAGUGGGCCUCACCAUUUAUUUUAUUUCCUUGCUCCAGCGUCCAAUUUCUUUGGGCUACGAGAGAGAGACAGAGAAAAAGAAGAUGGCUUGGUUCUAACACUCCCUUUAAUCUAUGUACUGACUUCAGACUGGCUUCAUCCUUGGGAAUUCUUCUCUGCCGUGCUGUGCAUUCUCUGUGGGUCAAACAUAGACGAGGACAACUGUGUGGCAAUGGGAGAUGAGAGGGGCAUGACCCGGAUGCUCCUGGAAUGCAGUCUCAGUGACAAGUUGUGUAUUAUCCGGGAGCAGCAAUAUGAAAUCAUCAUCAUCCCAGCCAUGCUGGUUGGCAUCUUCCUCAUCCUUCUCGCAGUCAUCCUGUGGCUUUUUAUCAGGGGACAAAGGGCCCAACGACAGUCCCCCGGACCCCAAGGCAUUGCCGCCGUGCCUCCGUCUAGGGGCCUAAACUGGGAUGCAGUGGGACACGGAGGAAGUGUGUUUGUGCCACUUACAGAAACGUCAGUGGAAAGCCUCCUGCGAGCAACCACACACACCCUGGCCACGCUGCAGGUGCCCCGGGAGCAACUCUCUGAAGCUCUGGAGCAGAUCUACAGUGGUACUGGUGGGGCCAUCUAUCGAACCAGCAUGUAUACUGGGGACCCUGCUAAGCCCAAGAGUGUUGUCCUCAAGGCUUUAAAAGAACCAGCCAGGCUCCAGGAGGUGCAGGAUUUCUUAGGGCGAAUCCAGUUCUAUGAGCACCUGGGGAAGCAUAAGAACCUGGUACAGCUGGUUGGCUGCUGCACGGAAAGGCUGCCGCUCUACAUGUUGUUGGAGGACGUGGCUCAGGGGGACCUGCUCAGCUUUCUCUGGACCUGUCGCCGGGAUGUGAUGACCAUGGAGGGCCUUCUCUAUGAUCUCACAGAAAAACAAGUCUAUCACAUUGGAAAGCAGGUCCUUUUGGCCUUGGAAUUUCUCCAGGAUAAGCACCUGUUCCACGGGGAUGUGGCAGCCCGGAACAUCCUGAUACAAAGUGAUCUCACCGCCAAGCUCUGUGGCCUGGGCCUGGCUUAUGAAGUGUACACCCAAGGGGCCAUAUCCUCCACUUGCACCAUACCUGUCAAGUGGCUCGCCCCAGAACGGCUCCUGUUGAGACCAGCUGGCAUCAGAGCAGACAUCUGGUCCUUUGGAAUCCUGCUUUAUGAGAUGGUGACUCUAGGGGCACCACCAUAUCCUGAAGUCCCUCCUACCAGCAUCCUACAGCAUCUCCAAAGAAGAAAAAUCAUGAAGAGACCCAGUAGUUGCACACCUACCAUGUACAAUCUUAUGAAGUCCUGCUGGCGCUGGAGUGUGGACAGCCGCCCCUCUCUCAAAGAGUUACAGUCACGCCUAGAAACCGCCGCUCGGACUGCGGAUGACAAGGCUGUGUUGCAAGUACCAGAGCUGGUGGUGCCUGAACUGUACGCGGCCGUGGCAGGCAUCAGCAUGGAGAGCCUCUCCUACAGCUACAGCAUCCUUUGAAGAUCCCAGGGCAGGAAAAACUUACAGACGAUCAUAUACUCUCGGAACCAAUUCCUCCAAGAACAGAGAAUAGACCUCCUAGUGUGGGACAUAAUGGGAGAAACGGCCAUGGAUCCUGGAUUUUCUCCUACACAUACUCCUAGGUGCCUGAAAUGAUACCGGAUGAGGGUCUACACACUAUAUACCCUUGAGACUGAGAAGUACAGUCUCAUUUAUGCCCCCAGCUUCAUUUUUGCUGCUCCAAUCCUAAAGACCCAGAGGAGACGUGCCGGAUGGGGUCAUGGCAAAGGAGGUCUUAGAAACCCGCAGUGUUUGUUGCAGCAUGGCACAAGCCAGGUGGUCUCACCCACCACAGGCUGGUUUCUUCCUGAAGCAUGAUUGUAUCUAGACUAUUAUAAGGUCCAGAGAAAUUGGAAUCAAACGAAGGAACAGAAAGCUGAUGAAGUUGGUAAGAAAGAAAAUAACAGGUUCUGUUUGCUCAGGAGUAUAGAUGUGGGCCAAGGUCAUCCUUCAAAGAGAAGGUGGAGGAAGGAAAUAAAGGUCUUCAGUCCUGGUCCUUUCAUGCAGGGCUGGAGGAGAACCAUGAAGGAAAACUUCUGAGUUUCCCUUGGGUAUAGGUAAGAGUAAGAUGGUCCCCUUUGAUCAAAUCUGAGACAGGUGAACCUUGUUGGUACUACUUUUAAUUAGAAGCUGGAGGCAUCAUUUCAUGAAUAAGAACAUUCGACAUACAUUAUUCAUCAGGCUGGCUUCCUGGUUCUUAUAAGACUAGGGAGGCUGAGCCUGGGAAGUUAGUUAGGUCCUGAUGAAUGCACCGCAUGUGUAUUUGACAAACAGGAAAUGUGAAAACUAAGCAAGGAUGCUUAGUGGGCUAGGAGGUCUUUAACAAGGGCUAGAAAAUGAUGUAACCUCUGGCGGAAGUGUGGUAGCGUCUGGUUUUCAAUCAUCCAUUGAUGCACCAUGAAACUUUUUUCAUUAAAUUAAUAUUUAUUGAGUGAAAGUAGGCUUUUCUGGUAUACAGCUGACAAAAUCUCUACGUUUGGGGAUAAAUGUAAAUAAAUGUAAAUUAAUGUUAAUAGAAA